AUGUGGAAAGAAGUCCAAGAUAGGAUCGGCCCACUCCUGCGCACCAUGUCUAAUACAAGUGAAAAUGUUGACCAAUACUGUAAUGAUGUUCCAUGUGAGAAUGAUGCAACGAUAUGCCCAAACAGAGUAGCAUGCCAAUAUAUUGCCAGAGGUUUAAAAGGUAUAUAUGGAAAUACAGAACGGAAAAGCGAUACGGGGGCAAGCAAAGUGAAUAAUAGAAAAUUUAGAGCUACUAUGGAUUGUGUCCUACUAAAUGCAUUAAUACAAAAAUUAGAGGAGAAAAAAUCUCCCUGCAAAGUGAAGGAUGGCAUAGAGCGUGCAUUUAGUGCCAAUGAUCAAAUUAAAGCAUCUGCAUGCGGGCAGGAUCCUAAUUGUGAUUUGUGCACUCAGGAAGACUAUAAAAAAUGUAAAAUAAACGAAUAUGGAGACCUAGAGCAAAAAGUAAAAACGAAGGUCGAAAAAGACAGCAACAUACAGACAACUCUGGAUUCUAUAUGUCCACCACCAUGUCCCUCCACCUCUGGAACAGCCACUCUUGGGGAAUGGUUCACACGUUUUUCACAUAAUGUAACUGGUGAUGACAAGAAACAGUAUGACAAGCUGGAAAGUAUGUUAGAUUUGUGCAAUCCUGAGCACGAUGAUAAUAACAUAGGUCUAGAGAAUUAUGAAGAAUUUUGUAAAAUGAUGCUGAGGAACGUUAUGUUAGUGAGCACCCCGGGAAAUCAAGAUCAGAAGCAGGGGAAGCAGAUGCCAUGUAUAAAGAGCGUAAAAGGAAUUCCCUUAUGUAAACUAUUAAGAGUAUGGAUGUGGUAUAUGGACUGGUUCUGCGUACCGGAAGCAGUUAUAGAACAUGUCCUUGAAGCUGUAAAACAAGUGAUGGCAAUAUUAUAUAGCGGUCAGAACUAUGUAGACUGCACUUAUGAUGCUGCACCCAAGAUUCCUGAAAGAAAGGGAAACGAUAUGGAAAGUGAAGUGUACCGCCUAUUUUACACAAGUGAGUUGCAUAAUAAAAUAAAAGCAUUAACUAAUAAAGAAUGGUGCAAAAAGGCACCUGCGGAUUCAGGCCCUGGACGGGCGGAUCUCAGACCGGCUGAUCAUGUGGUCGACGGUGAUAAAUUACAAAAAUUGAAGGAUUUCAUUAAACCAAUUGAAGAGGAACUGCAAGAGGAGGAAAAGGCAGAGAAGCCAGCACCAGAUCCAGGGAAGCCUCCACGCCCCCCUGCUCAGGAUAUUACUACGGGGGACACUAGAAGUGAAUCAGAAGAACAAUCCCCUAAGAAGACACCUGAAAAGGAGGAAGAUUCGAACAGUAAGAGCAAUAAACUUAAGGACGAGUACGAUAAUAUAAAUGACCUUAUUCAUUUCCUUGAUUCGUCCGAAAGUCACAAUGAUGAUACAGAAAAGAGCUCUGAUGAACCAGGUUCCCCAGAGAAAGAAGCUGUAGCGACUGAAGAUUCAUCAGAAGACGAGCAAGGCGAAGAUGCUGAUGAGGGUGUUCCUAAGCAAGAUGAACCUGAUGAACCUGCUCUUCCACCCCCAGCACAAGAAGGACCAGGUGGAGGAGCUGGGGCAACAGCAGUUUUAGAAUCACCCAAGGCUGCCAAACUUACUGACAAGAUGGACAACCCCAUCUUUCCUUACCUCCCUCUUGCUCCUGCCAUGAUUGGAAUUUCUAUUAUGAGCUACUUGCUAUGGAAGUACUUUGGAAUGCUUCGUAAGACAAGAAAACGUUACAGAAGGGUUCGUAAAGCACUUGGUCCAACUUUGGAACAUCAGCUUGUUGACCAUGUGGACCAUCCUGGUCCACAUGCAUAUGCCUUAGUAAAGGAACGCAAACCUCGUUCAACGCCUAUAAAAAGGAGGAAAAAACGGGGCCUCGGUUGUCCCCGUGCUGGUCGUCGUCGCGGUGUACGUCGCCGCACCAUUAUUGAUAUUCAUUUAGAAGUCUUAGACGAAUGUCAAAAGGGGGGCCUGCAUUCGACGAAGGAAGACUUUUUUGAAAUUUUGGUUCAAGAAUUUAUGGGUUACGGAUUUUUAGAGGAAGAAAAUGUUCCUAAGGAACAGGUUCCAUGUUUAGAUUCCGGGUUUAGGGUUGAUGUUCCUAGGGAAGAUGUUCCAAGUUCAGUUUCCGGGUUUAGAGAAGGAAGACUUUGUUCCUAA